GGCUGUGUUUGCGCGCAUGAAUGUGCUCGUUCGAGAGUGAGUCGAUGCGGGCGCGGGCACCUGCGUCGGACUCUGGUGGGCGGCGUUAGCGCCUUCUUGUGAACGUGAAUUAUUUAUCUCGGCCAUCGUCGCCAACGCGGCUCCCCUCCACUUCCACCUUGUCCGCUCGCCUCCAACCUCAGUCCACCCUGCUUCCCUCUCCAAACCACUGAGCUCCAUCGCAACCAGCUUGCGAUCACAAGUUCUCCGCGCUUUCGCCACACCCACCGCCGAGCGUGUGCUCCGAAACCGCUUCACCGACUCGUCCCCAUGAACGCAACCAAAGUGCUCCUCCAGGGUCGCCAGCCCAUGAUCCGCUUCCUGGGCAAGCGCACCACUCCUGCCAAGGUCGACCACACUCCUCAGGCGCAUCCUGCCUCCCCCACCCACUCGCUCCCAGACUCCUUCGCAAGCUACCGACAGAAGGCUCAACAACACGGCCCUCUCAAUCAGACCACCAAGUUCUCGACGGGCGGCAUUGGCGGCACUCCGGGAGCCUCCCUUGGCCCCGUUGAGGCUGGAAAGGGCACAUUCUUCGACCGAUCCGAGCUGCCCCAGCGCUUCCAGCGCCUGGCUUGGACGCAGUCCGAGAUUGAGGCGGUCGAGUCCGGCGGCGCUAGCCUGUAUGCAUGAGCUAGCUGUGAAUGACGAAGCAAUGAAUUUCCGCUGCGCCGGGAUGUGACGGAUCAGGAUGACUGUACAUAGCCAUGCAUCACGGUUCUAAGAUGGAUCAUGAUGAGAAGGGGAAGGCUCUUGCCGAUUCGGUGUCGGCUUACAGAUUGCAUUCUAUGGUUGGAGGUAGACUGGGCCUGCUUCAUGUCUGAUACCCUUCAAGGCUGGUAUUUCGGAGGAGUCCAACAAUAUUCCUGGGCGGGGAUUUUGGUACCAUUGCAUAUCAAUGAAGACUUCUACAAUCAUUAUUACACCCCAGAGUGUUGAGUAUAUUCGAACUC